AUGACCGAUCAACGCCAAAUCGUACCAGGUCCAUCGCCGACUUCUAAUCAUGAUGGUCCACAUCGCAAAGAGGCGAAGCCUUCAUCUUCGGCGACGUCGAGUUCGAGUGCUUCGUGGAAGAGGAGGGUUUCUACUGCUUGUCUUGCGUGCAAGAAGUCCAAGCGGAAGUGUUCCGGCACCCCACCGUGCGAAAACUGCCGCACCUUCCAACGAGUCUGUAUAUUCGACGAAUCCCUCGACCAACGCCGCCGCGUCGCCGCAAAACGCACAGCCGACGAACUCUCCUACCACCGCGACCUGCUAAACGACAUCUUCAAACUAGUCCGUGAAGCCGACGAACGCAAAGCCCUCGACCUCCUCGAAAUAAUCCGCCACAACGCCUCCCCCGACGAAAUCCGCACCUUCAUCAACAACACCCUCUCCACGCUCGACACGACAACCAGCCGAACCUCGGCCCAGGCUGCGGCUAAAUUGGAGGAUAUGAAGAAUCUGAUUAACGUGGAAGGCACGACGCCCGCGUUUAGGAGGAAGGUUAUGGAUAUUCACUAUCUUUGCGAUGAGGCGCCGAUUAAUGUACCCGCGCAGCCGUGGACGGAGGUUACCAGGGAUAGGGAUCUGGUUUCGCAUUUGGUGUCGCUUUAUUUUACGUGGGAUUAUCCGUUUAAUUCGUUUUUGGAUGAGGGGGUGUUUUUGAAACAUAUGGCGACUGCGGAUUUGGGGAGUCAGUUUUGUAGUCCGUUUUUGGUGAAUGCUUUGUUGAGUAAUGCUUGUUACUUUUCUGAAUUCUCUGAGGCUUAUGUUGUUCCUGGGGAUAUCUCGUCCAAGGGAUGUGAUUUCCUUGCUGAGGCUGAGCGGUUGAAGGGUGAGUUGCCUAUGCAGCCGAGUUUGGCCUCGUUGCAGGGCACGCUUCUUAUGUAUGAAAGAUACUCGAUGUCCCGCACAGAUGACUUGGGCUAUAUGAUGCUCCAUGAAGCUAUUCGCAUGGGCGAAUCGCUUGGCCUUGUAGGAAAUACGGGCCCGAGAAUGACCUCGGAGCAAUUGUCAGAGGAUAUGGAUUCCUCGUGCAGACGUACAGCUUGGGGACUGUUUAAUGUGGAUACGAUGGUCCAUACUGGCUUCCUCCGAUCCAGUCUCAUCAACCACGUCAAUAUGCCACGUAUCGACCGUGAUCAUCUUGAAGAUCAGUCUCUGUGGAUGCCGUACCCUUCGCAUCGAGAUACGAGACCCUCAUAUUUGAGUGUCUACUUCGACGAGGCGUGUAAUUUGUCGACGAUUUCCCGUGAUAUCUCGCGGAGUAUGUUUGCAGGUGAAAAUACUGUGUUGGAGCCGCUGCAACGACAGAGUCGCGAUGCGUUGUAUGAACGAUUGAAACGAUGGGACGAGCUGUUACCGGAGAUUUUUGAUUGGGAAAAGGUGGCGCCGCAUGUUAUUCUUUUGAAAAUGCGGUAUAAUGCCUUGAUCAUCAACCUAUUCAGUUGUAUCUCCGGGAAUGGACAUUCGCGGACUACGACAGAGGGACCUAAAACACCCGAAAGUCCUUCGAGACAAACUCCCGAGCCAGCCUCGAAAUACAACGCAUGGGAACUCGCCCAAACGGCAGCCCGCAACAUCGCCACACUGACACGUCUCCAUCGUCGCGAAUUCGGCGUUAGUCGAGCGCAUCAUUUUGCCAUGUACGCGAUCAAUCUCGCCCUCUUCACAAUGCUAGAACAAGACUCCUUCGAUGUACUGGACCGGGAUUUCUUAUCACUCGCCAGCGCAUUCUCCAUCGUGGCGAGUCGCUCAGCACUCGGCAGGAACCUAUUCCAUAUCUUCCGUCAGUCUGUACGGGCCAAGGCGCAGGGCAGUCGUCUUCGUGAUGCGUGUUCUAUUCCGGACGAGUUGAAGGAUUUAUUUGAUGAGGAGUCUUCGGCUAAAGGGCAUCGUCGGUUUGAUGAGUAUGCAGAUGGUCUGGAGAAGCUUAAUCAGGAUGAAAGGUAUCAUGGAAUUACGGGUGGGGAGGGACAGAGUUUGCAGGAGUAUCCUGGGUUGGGAUUGUCGGAUAUGUUGGAUCGGUAUGAGAGUUUGAGUUUGGGGAAGGAUGAUGUUUUUUGUGAGAGGAAGAAGGGUACAUGA